AUGGGGGCGGGGGGGUGUGUGCAAGGGAAAGGUCCCGGAAGACUGGUGCGCCUCCACCUGGGCAGCAGGGAAAAGCCCCCCAAAGCGGAGAGAGAGAAAGGAAGACGCCACCGCCCUCCAUUCCUGGGGCGGGAGACGCCAGAAACAGCGGCAGCAGCAGCUGAGCUCAGACGCGUCCCCGGGCUGGCGCUCGGCUCCGCCAUUCGUGCGAAGCUGGAGGUUGCGCGAAGGUCAGCGGCUCGCUUGGACCCCUUCCCGCUGGGCUUAGGGCGACUGCCAGGGGAGGAGCAGCGGGCGCCGCCCUUCCCUACGCCGCCUCGCUGUCGGAGUCCCGAUUCGUCCAGCGCUCCCCUCCGCAGCCGCCGUCGGAAACGCGCCCACCCGGAGCAGCGAAGCCGCGCCUCGCCUCGCCCUCGCCUCGCCGCUCGGGCGGCCGGGGCGGGGCCUCGCGGGGGAGGGGCUUGUCCCUCGGUGAUAAGCUGCGCCUCCGGCCGGCGGCAACCUUGCUGCGUGGCGCUUUACCUGUUGCUGCUGCUCGGGGAGGGCUGGUUGCUGGCGUUCGGCUGCGCAGCCUGGCUGUGCCUGGACUGGGAGACGCCGUGUCGCGGGGGGCGCCGCUCCGCCUGGGUCCGCGGCUGGGGCGUCUGGCGAUGCUUCCGCGACUACUUCCCCAUCACGCUGGUGAAGACAUCAGAGCUGGACCCCUCCCGCAAUUAUCUCUUUGGCUUCCACCCCCACGGGGUCCUGGUGGCCGGCGCCUUCGGGAACUUCUGCACAGAGGCCACGGGGUUCUCCCAGCUCUUCCCGGGCCUCACCCCGCACCUCCUGAUGCUGCCCUUCUGGUUCAAGGUCCCCUUCUUCCGAGACUACAUCAUGAGUGGGGGACUGGUCUCUUCGGAAAAGGCCAGCGUGUCCUACCUCCUUGGACGUGAGGGGGGCGGGCAGGUGGCUGUCAUUGCUGUGGGGGGCCCGCCUGAAUCGCUGGAUGCUCGCCCUGGGGCUCUGACCCUUCAGCUACGCAGCCGCAAAGGCUUCAUCAAGAUGGCCUUGCAACACGGCGCAUCCUUGGUCCCGGUUUUCUCCUUCGGGGAGAACGAGCUCUUCAACCAGGUGUCCAAUCCCCAGGGCUCCUUCAUCCGCACGCUGCAGGAACGGCUUCAGAAGAUCAUGGGGCUGGCACUGCCCCUCUUCCACGCUCGGGGCGUUUUCCAAUACAACUUCGGCCUGCUGCCCUUCCGGAGACCCAUCUACACUGUUGUGGGAGCUCCGAUUCUGGUGCCCAGGACGCCCCAUCCCUCUCCGGAAGCCAUUGAUGAGUUGCACGAGAUGUACCUGGAGAAGCUCACCCGGCUCUUUGAGGAACACAAGGCCAAGUAUGGGUUGCCCCAAGACAAGCACCUGACGCUGACCUAGGAGGGCCCCGAGGGCCAGGCCAGUGGGUGAAGGACAACGCCUGGGCUGGGCGAAAGGACUGUGCAGUCGCAGGAGGACCCAGCGCUACCUUUUAGGACAGCUUUCACCAAACAGAUGCUGGAUUAAAGCUUCCAUCAUUCUCAGCCAGUGUGAGCGUUGCGUCCAACCGCUGGCAAGGCCUUUGAGGAGCACUGCUGGACUCUCGACCACGCAGAGGCAACAGUGGUGACCCCAAAGCAGCUGGGGCGGGCAAACGCCUGCCUUAAAAGCAGCUUUGUUCUGGGGACUCUUCAGUAGGGGUUGGGGGGUUCCUGGGCUGUGAUCCCCUCUGCUGCAGGCACGCAACUCUGGCAUUUCCUUUGCAAAGAAAUAAAGUGGAGCACUGAA